AUUGAGGUUGAGGAGGUUCACCACAGGCUCCAUGUGGUUGACAGAAUCGAUCAUUCUGAAUUAAUUACUAGAGCAACAAAAGUCUAUCAACUAGCCUUAGUUCACCCUCCGGAAUAAGACCAACCAUAUACCUGUCCAUAAGGAAAAUACAUGAAAGACCGCAAAGACCGGCGCCGAGGAAGACGGGCAGAAGCGAGAGGAGCGUCAUGAGGAGGCCAUCAUCGGUCGUUGGAGAGGAGGUGGCGAUGUAAAGAACCAAGACGCCGACGCAGCCCACAAGGAACGUUACUGCCCAUCUGCUACGGUCGUCGGCCUCCGGCACUACCAGCUCCAGAUCGCCGUCGGCCAUUUGCUUCGUGUGCCCUCAAUCAAUCGAUCGAUCUAUACUUGGAUAUUUUCUAGGGUUUGGCCGGUCUGGUUAAGGUCGAUGCAGUAUUUGUUUGUUGGGAUCGAUGCAUCCGGCCGGCGGUGCAUGCAGAGCCCUCUGAUCGGCAUCACAGGCUCCAAUACUCCGGGUCGGUAAGCAAUCCGAUACAUCAACAGUCCGAUUGUAAUACUUAUUCGCCAACAACUUGCAAGCCCUACGCGGACGACGGGGAAACCAGACCGAGCGCGCGAACGAGAUCGGCCGACCGAUGAUGGCGCCGGAGCCAGCCGUGCUGCCCAACGACGCCCUCGCGGAGGUCCUCCGGCGCCUCGCGCCGCACGUCCUGGCCGCGGCCCGGAGGGUCUGCAAGGCGUGGCGCGACGCCGUCGACGCCCGCCUGCGCGGCAGCCUGCUCUCUCACUCGGUGCGCGGCAUCUUCAUCAACUUCACCCAGCAUAGCUAUGGCUUCUCGGAGUUCUUCUCCCGCCCCUCGACGGGCCCGGCGAUCUGCGGAGGGCUCGACUUCCUGCCCUGCAUGGGCGUCCAGGUCACGGACCAUUGCAACGGGCUCCUGCUUUGCGGCGAACGGAGGAACGAGGACCGUGCGCUGCCGCGCGAGUACGUCGUCAAUCCGGCGACGCGUCGGUGGGCGCGUCUGCCCCAACGCCCUCGGCCGCACAUGUCGGGAUUCGAUCAGACCGCCUACCUCGCGUUCGAUCCCGCCGUGUCGACGCACUAUGAAGUCUUUCUGAUCCCACGCCUGCCAGUGGCCGGCGAAUUGGAUGACAACGAAUCGGACGACGACGACAACAACCCGUUGGUCGGGCCGGAGUGGCCUCCCGCGUCAUACGUGAUGCAUGUGUUCUCUUCGAUGACACAACGGUGGGACGAGACGACCUUCCUUCGGGAAGGGGAGGCUGCAGGGAUCGUCGGCAACAUGGAUUCAGAUUUGUGGUAUAACCGGCAUCGUUAUCAUGCCGUCUACUGGCAAAGCACGCUCUACAUUCAUUGCCAGCAUGGCUAUCUUGCGAGGAUGUCCUUGUCAAAUCUCAUGUACACAGUAAUCAAGCUACCAGGUGCCUGUGAAUUGAGAGGUUAUCCCAACCACCAUCUGGGGAGAUCACUAAGAGGGGUGUAUUGUGCGAUACUUGAUGGCUGGAAUCAACUUCGGCUUUGGUACCUCGAUGAAUCGUGCGGUCGAAUUGAGUGGGUGUUAAAACAUUAUAUCUUUCUUGGAAAGAGCUUUGAACGUGAGGACUAUGCUCAACAACUGGCCAAACGAUGGAUCUUGCAGGAUGUUAACUACCGUAAAUGGAGUUCCAAAUACCCUGAGUUUGCUUCCCCUAGAGCAAAUUACAUAGCAUCGGUGGAAGGGAAAUAUGAUUGGAACUCCGACGAGGAUAACGUUCUCGACAUUGAAGAUGAUAUUCAAGGGGGAUGCCGUGACAACUAUUAUUUCCUUGGGUUUCAUCCUUACACUAAGGUUGUCUUCUUGAUUUCAUCAGGGACAUCGGCUAGGGGACUGGCCUAUGACUGGAACAACUCGAAAUUCCAGGAUUUGGGCAGUUCAUGUCCGGCAGACUACGACCCCGUCAAUGGACUACCAUGCGGAGAGACGGACUCAUCUUUCCCAUACACGCCUUGUUGGAUGGGCGAGUUUGCUGGUAACGAAUUAGAAUCUCUACUUGAAGAUGAGAAACUAUAUAGAAAAAAGUUGGAACAGAAAUCUCAACGUAAAGAGAAAUCCAACUUUACCUGCAUGGACGAGUACGAUUUACGCAAGCAUCGUGGGCACACCAAGAGAGUCAAGGACUCUAACGCCAAGAAUCGUCGUAGACGCCACAUGGCCGCUUGCCACCUAAUUAGCAUAAAGUAUACUAUUGUCAUCACAGUUAUUAAGCAGGUGGUUAAGUUGCAGUACUAA